ACAUCACCGAAACGAAACCAGUCGCAGGCCCAGCAUUGAUCCGCCCGUGGUGUCUUUGUAUCUCCCGACACUCCCAUGGACUUCAUCCCACAGGCUUCCGCAUCGAGAAUGCACCUCUCGCUCCGCGCGAAGAAGGGCAUCGACAAAUACCCCGCCAAAGCACACGCCCAGCGCGUCGGCGACCAGCUCGGCCGGGAAAAAUGCAUUGUUGCGCUCGUUGGCGAGAAGGCGGAAUUCUUCUCCAACUCGGACAUGCCCCGGCCGUUCCGACAGGAUCGCUACUUCUACUACAUUUCUGGAUGCAGUGAACCCGGCUGCUCGGUGACGUACGAUGUCGAGCAUGACAAGUUGACGCUGUGGCUGCCUCCUAUCAAUUUGGACCGCGUGUACUAUGACGGUCGAGGAAGUACGGUUGAGCAGGCGAUGGAGCUGUACGAUAUUGACGAAGCCGUUUACCUGGAACAUGAUGAGCGCUCGAAUAGCAAUCUAUGCGACUGGGUGAAUCAAAGGAAAGCAGAUGGCUGCGAAUGCAUCUUCAUCCGGAACCCGUUGUCUGGCGUGGACCUGUCACUGUAUGGAAGAGAGGUGGACCGCCCUGAGAGCCCGGGAUUGACGUUGAGGAAGGCCAUGAACGCUUGUCGGGCUGUGAAAGACGAGCACGAAAUCGCGCUGAUUCGAAAGGCCAAUGCCGUGUCUGCCGAGGGCCAUGUUGCCAUUUUGAAAUCCCUUCAUCGCUUGCACAGCGAGCCGGAGGUCGAGGGUGUCUACCGAGGCACUUGCAUCAGUCUGGGCACGACGGAGCAGUCUUAUGGCCCCAUUUGUGGCGCCGGAGAGCAUGCCAGUCAACUUCAUUACGUGACCAACAAAUCGCAAUUCGCCGACGCGGAAGUGCUGCUGAUAGACGCCGGAGCAGAAUGGGAAUGCUAUGCGUCGGAUGUCACGCGCACCAUGCCCAUCAACAAACACGAGCCCGGUACGUGGAAGUCGAAAGAGGCAAAGGCGGUAUACAAGCACGUCGAGAAGAUCCAGGAGAAAUGCAUCGCCAUGCUUCGGCCGGGUGUGCACUUCAUGGAUGUCAUGCUCCAUUCCGUCCACAUGGCCAUCGACGCCCUGCUCGAUCUGGGCAUCCUGAAGGGCAAGCAUAUGGACAUCUUUCACGAUGGCGUCUCCGCUGGCUUCUACCCGCAUGGUCUGGGCCACCACAUCGGUCUUGAGGUCCACGACGUAGAGCCUCCUACGAUCAAGGCCCAAGAUAAAGAGGAGCCCUGGAAAGCAAGAUUCGCAGACCUGCAACAAGCACAUGCCCGUUACGUCGAGUCGACAGGAACAUCUCUGUACUCGGCUCAAACGACGUCCACAGAACCCCGACACUUCAGCAUCGAUCCUACCAAAUGCCUUUCGCCGAGCACACCAGCUGACGCACCUCUUACACCCGGGAUGGUCGUGACGAUCGAGCCGGGUAUCUACUUUAAUGCAUUCGUUUUGGAGACGUUUUAUCUUGACCAUCCCGAGCAUCGAAAGUAUAUCGACCGGAAGGUGUUGGAGCGGUACAUGCAUGUUGGCGGUGUAAGGAUCGAGGACGACAUCCUGAUUACGAAAGACGGAUACGAAAAUUUGACCACCGCGCCGAAAGGAGAGGAGAUGUUGAGGAUUAUUCGAAAAGGCAAGAAGUAGUAGUUAGCAUCAUGUGAUUUAUGCCUCAGGCAUCAACUCUCAAACUUUCCCGACGC